AUGGGUAAAGGAAAACAUCAGAAAAUUCCUUCUAGCAGACUCAAGGGAUUUGUGACGCAUACAGUACGUGAAAAUAGUCCACCUUCCACUCAACCGACACAAUCAUCAUCCUCGGGUACACCUUAUCCUUUGACAUAUUAUGUUAGUUGUGAUCGUUUUUCUGCUAUGCAUAGAAAAUAUCUUGCAGCUAUAACGGUUUGGAAUGAACCCAAAAGCUUCAAAGAAGUUAUGAAGCAUCAAGGAUGGAAGAAAGCCAUGGCUGAAGAAAUACGAGUUCUAGAGGAACAAGGAACAUGGGAAAUGGAGGAAUUACCACAUGGUAAUGAUCUUGUUGAACUUCACAAUUUUAAAACUUACUUGGGACAAUGUUUUAAGAUGAAGGAUUUGGGGAAGUUGAAAUAUUUCUUAGGAUUGGAGGUGGAUCGUAGUAAACAAGAAUUUCCUAUGGAGACGAAUCACCAUAUGGCAUUUGCAAAAGGGAAUAUACUUGCUGAUGUGGAAAAAUAUAGAAGAUUAGUUGGCCGUUUGAUUUAUCUGUCAGUUACAAGACCAGAUCUGGCUUAUUCAGUACACAUUUUAUCACAAUUUAUGCAACAACCUAGAAUGGAGCAUUGGGAAGCAGCACUUCGUAUGUUUAGAUACUUGAAGAAGAGUCCAGGACAAGGAAUUUUGUUGCGCUCUGAUAGUGGUCUUAGUUUAAAAGGAUGGUGUGAUUCAGACUGGGCAAGCUGUCCAUUGACUAGACGUUCAUUAACAGGAUGA